AGGUUGAUUAUACUUUACUCUAUCUUGUUUUUGUUCAUGAACAUUCACAAAACGGUGUUUUUAAAUAAAAAGUAGCCAUCGGAAUUUUAUUUCCCAAUUUUUUCCCGCCGGAGUUUCUUCACGUCGGCAAAGUUGACUGCCAGUUUCCGUCGGCCACGGACCUCCUCCUUCCGAUCUCCUUCUCCGCUGAAAUCCACUCCUAUCCGAGAUGGGUAUAUACCUGAGUUCUCCGAAAACGGAGAAAUUUUCAGAAGAUGGUGAUAAUGUUAGGGUUGGAUAUGGUUUAUCAUCAAUGCAAGGAUGGCGAGCAGCUAUGGAAGAUGCUCAUGCAGCAAUUACUGACUUGGAUGCUUCCACUUCCUUUUUUGGUGUCUAUGAUGGUCAUGGAGGUAAAGUUGUUGCCAAAUUUUGUGCCAAGUAUCUACAUCAACAAGUACUCAAGCAUGAAGCGUAUCUACAAGGAGAUAUUGGAACUUCAGUCCAGAAAGCCUUUUUCAGAAUGGAUGAGAUGAUGCGUGGUCAGAGAGGAUGGAGGGAGCUGGCUGCGCUAGGGGAUAGAUUAAACAAGUUUUCGGGUAUGAUAGAGGGUCUUAUAUGGUCUCCAAGAAAUGGUGAUGGAAACGGAAAUACUGAUGACUGGGCGUUUGAGGAGGGUCCUCACUCUGAUUUUCCUGGACCAACUUCUGGAUGUACGUCUUGUGUUGCAAUCAUUAGAGAGAACCAACUCAUUGUUGCGAAUGCUGGUGAUUCUCGCUGUGUGAUUUCACGGAAAGGCCAGGCAUAUAAUCUAUCGAGGGAUCACAAGCCUGAUCUUGAGAUUGAAAGAGAGAGAAUUUUGAAAGCAGGUGGUUUUAUCCAUGCAGGGCGUGUUAAUGGCAGCUUAAAUCUUGCAAGAGCUAUAGGUGACAUGGAAUUCAAGCAGAAUAAGUUUUUGCCAGCUGAGAAGCAAAUUGUUACGGCCGAUCCAGAUAUAAAUAUUGUUGAUUUGUGCGAUGAUGAUGAUUUUAUUGUCCUAGCUUGUGAUGGUGUAUGGGACUGCAUGUCGAGCCAGCAGUUAGUGGAUUUUAUACAUGAGCAGCUCAAGUCGGAAAGCAAACUUUCUGCAGUAUGUGAGAGAGUUCUUGAUAGGUGUUUGGCACCGACAGCUGGAGGUGAAGGAUGCGAUAACAUGACCAUGAUUUUAGUACAAAUCAAAAAACCUGUUCCCUCUGGGGCUUCUCCGAGUGACAAACCAUUAGCUUCUCCAGGUGAUGAGCCGUCAGCUUCGAGUGAGAAACUCCCUGCUUCAGAUGAUGUAAUUGCUGAAACAAAACCAGCAGAGUGUGGAUCAAGUUCAUAGUCACAGACAUCCCUCUUAUUUAAUAAGAGUCUCAUCUGCAGUUGUAAAUGAUUGUUUUUGAGCUACAAGGAUAAAAUGUUAUAGCUUUCACUGCUGCUGGUUGUAUAUGUUGUUUUGUGUUGUACUAUAUACCUCUUUGGAUGACUUGUAUAGAUGACUUGACCAGAUGUUCUUGACAUGAAAAGUAAAACCAAAUUACUUUUUUA